CCUCACUAUCCCCCCACAGCGCCAUACGACUGCCUUCCUCCAGCCUCCAGUCAGGCCAUCAACUUUCUCCGCAUCUCUUCUCUUCCACUUCUACAUCUCCUCAUCUCUCUCUUCUUCUUUCUCUCUUCUUCAACGGGCCUAUCAGCCCAUCUGCACGUCAUCGAUACCCCCAUGCUCUGCUGAACACGCACUCCCGACCCAAUUCCACCCCUCACCACCACUAGCCCCUCCAUCCUAUUCUCCCUCGCACCCACCGCAACAUGCAGUACUUGUCCAAGGCGUACAACUACUACUCGGGGAUCAACCCGGCAACGCUGUCCGGUGCCAUCGAUAUCAUCGUUGUGCGCAGCGUAGAUGAGAAUGGAGAGGAGCAACUAGCUGGCUCACCCUUUCACGUUCGCUUCGGCAAGCUGCAGGUGCUGCGCGCGGGCGAGAAGCGCGUUACCCUGCGCAUGCCAAACAACCUUCCCGCCCCACAUAUCGUGCCAUUCAGCAUGAAAGUCAGCGAAACGGGCGAGGCCUUCUUCGUGCUUGAGACCGAGGAGGAGGUGCCCGCUGAACUCAUGACGUCGCCAGUCGUCGCGGCGGCCGAUGCCGAUGAUGUGCCCCCACCCAGUCAUGAGGACUUUGGCUUGACAGAUCCCGACGCAGAGAAAUCUCUCACGCAGCACCCGUUUGGGGCGACAGAGAAACGGGUGUCGCACGAGGGGCACACAGACAACCCCUCCAACUUGCCUGACGUUGAGCCUUUCGAUCUAAACGCUGGAAAUGGAGGGGCAGAGGAUAACCGCGCUGCUACACCGCCUGCGCCUGAAUUGGAAGAGGGCAAACGCAAAUCGACGGAUGGAAACGCGACGGGCAGUCGGCGGUCUACCGACGGCUUCCGCUCACGCACGUCAUCCGAGAUUAAGCGGGCCCCGACACCGCCUAACCCCCUUGAGGCUGGUCCGGGUGAGGGUACGGAUCUCCCCCUGCGCAACUGGCAGCUCAAGUACGCGACGCACAAGCCCGAUGGGAGUGUCGACCUUCCCAAGGUUCCGAAGGGCAAGCAUGACGGACCGGCUGUCACGUAUGGAAAGGACAUCGUGCUCGAUGCCUCCGGUUAUCAUGCGACGGACAAGGACAUCGUGGGUAGGGUUCGUCAGGACGAGCCGAAGCCUUUGUCCGGCUCGCAGUACACCGAGUCGGCGCUCCCAAAGUCGACUUCGACGCCAACGUCGCCGUCCAUGUUUCCUAGACCUGACCCGCCUGCCGGGGCGUCGACAAUUCAGGACGAGCAUGUCGAGGAGCUAGUCAAUGACCUCAUGGCAUCGGCGGCGCCCAAGACGGACAAGGAGGAGUUGUCGGCGUCUCUCGCCGCCCUCUCCCUUGAGGAGAAGUUGGGACCAGACAUGCCAUCUCCGAAGAAGGGGCGCGCGUUCGCGCGUGCGCAGACUGAGCCGCCCGAGGAGCAUGCGCACAGCAUCAGUCGCCCGCUUUCGCCGCCGGGCGAGAGAAUCGAGAACCCCGCCGAGAUGGACCUCGCUUGGGACUGGAGCCAGCUUCCGAAGGACAAGGAGGACAAGGAUGGCAAGGUCGACGGCUCCCCUGUCGCCGAGAGACCUCACGCCCCGCAGCGCGGGGAGAGCCUGCCUGUGGCUCUUGAUGGCGUGGCACAGCCCAAGCCCCUCGCGACUCUCAAGCCCAUCGACGACGACAACUACACGUUCAUGCUGCAGUGCGAUAAUCGGGUGCACAUGUUCGAGCUCUCGCUGUGCGGGCACGACGGCUAUGCACCGGAGGGCAAGGCAACAGAGAACGAACGCGACCAGUUCGACGAGAACCGCGUAUCCUUCGCCAAGUUUGUCGAGAACGCCGCGGUCGUAGACGACACCAAGCUCAUCGUCAAGUAUAAGGGGCUAUAUCUGUCGUGGAAGACUGGGUACCAUGUGCUGUUUGCGCUCGCGAUCUACCGCCGUUCCAUGGGACCGCCCCAGACGAAACCAGAGGUGCCGCAGCGUCAGUCGGGCUACUGGUCGAGAUGGUGGCGGAGAGCCGAGUCGACAGGAAACGCAAUCGAGCGGGUGCAGUCGGCUUCCGGGGUCGAGGUUCCUCCCAAGGAGAAGCCUCAUGUGCCGCCCACAUCGGCGACCUCGCCCCCUUCCGAGGUGCCCUCUCCAUCCGCGACUCCUGCCCCUGCCUCUGUGCCUGGCACCCCGCCAGCGCCCGAGCCUACCACUGAGGAGAAGCACUACGCUAAGACGCUGCGUCUGUCAUCUGACCAGCUCAAGGAGCUUCACCUCAAGCCGGGCCCCAACACUAUUCAGUUCUCCGUCACCUCGAGCUACUCGGGCAACGCGGUCGUUACGGCGCGCAUCUUCCUGUGGGAGGAGACCGACCAGGUUAUCAUCUCGGACAUUGACGGGACGAUCACCAAGUCCGACGCGCUCGGGCACGUCUUCGCGGCUAUCGGACGUGACUGGACGCACGUGGGCAUCGCCAACCUCUACACCGACAUCACCAACAACGGGUACAAGAUCAUCUACCUGACUGCGCGUGCCAUUGGGCAGGCUGAUACGACGCGCGAGUAUCUCAAGACCAUUGUGCAGGGCGACUACCGUAUGCCUGAAGGCCCUGUCAUCAUGUCUCCGGACCGGUUGAUGGCGAGUCUGCACCGCGAGGUCAUCUUGCGCAAGCCUGAGCUGUUCAAGAUGGCGUGUCUGCGCGACAUCCAGCGUCUUUUUGGCAAGCAUGCUAAGACGGCCUUCUUCGCCGGCUUCGGCAACCGCAUUACGGAUGCGAUGAGUUACCGCUCCGUUGGCAUCGGCACCGGCAAGAUCUACACCAUCGACAGCACGGGUGUGAUCCUCACCGAGCUACUACAGACGAGCCACCGCGGGUCGUACGUCGGCCUCAAUGAUCUGGUCAACGAGGUGUUCCCGCCAGUCAAGACCAAGUUCCAGCCCCAGUACACCGACUUCAACUAUUGGAAGGCACCGAUUGCUGACAUCCCCUUGCCGGACUUCACACCACCCUCUCCGGCGCUCUCGGCACGCUCGGAUGCCAGUGGCGCGUCCCGCCUCAGCAUGCUGGGCCGUAUCGCCACACUUGGCAGACGCGGCUCGCGCUCCCCUCCGCCGGACGCGCAGAGCCAGACCUCGCGCCCUACUUCGCCUCUGCUGGGACCCAGCAUCACGGCAGACGACCUCGAGGAGGGCGACAAUGACAGCUUGCAGGAGUGGGGUAGCACGCAGGCCAUGGCGGCGGCGCGGAGACGCCGCGACUCGGGCAGCUCGAUGCCGGGCUCCUUUGAGAGCGGAAACGCAUUCCCGCCUGAGUGGGACCAGGAGAGCGAGGGAUCUCACGGCUCGAAGGACCAUGGCGAGUGCGAGCGCGAGCACGAGAACUACGAGGAGGAAGAUGAGAUGUUCGACGACGACAUUCUUGCCACGGGUGAGAUGGCCAAUGUGCCAUUCUAGGCGUGGCUACCAUGCAAGAAGAUCUGGCGGGCUAGCUAGCCUGCCCAUAGUUGUUGUAGACUAUUGCGCAUAUCAUAGACGUAGAAUGCAUCCCAUGCUGCUAUG